AAAAAGUUCAUGUAGCGAUGCACAUGCGCUUUCCAAACUACAUAUCAACGAUUGCCAUUUCACUGGCUACGUAACUAUAAAUCCACUACAGGGCCAGUCAUCAUGGGCAAACAGAAGAAAGCAACAAAGAAGUUUGAGAAGACGAAACUCAAGGAGACUAUCGACCGAAGAAAGGAAUUCGCCAAAGUCAAACAGCGACAUCAGUUGAAGGCCAAAAAGCAACAGCGAGCCGCCCAACGGUCAAAAGCAGAGAACGAUGCCGCAGGAUCGGACGCAGAGUCAUUGGAACAGGAUGAGGAUGCUGAGAUGAAUGAAGACGGAUUUUUUCAAGAGCCGGUGGACAUACCUCAAGAUGCGACAAAGGCGUCUUCGAAGCCUAGCACUGGCAAACGCAAGAGGGACGGAAUCGCGCAAGACGAAGAGGAGUCUGAGAUCUCAGCAAGUGAGGAUUUGGAUGAUGAAACCGGUGAUCUCAAAGGGCAGAUGGCUGCCCUUGCGGAGAAAGACCCAGAAUUCUACAAAUACCUCCAAGAGAACGAUGCCGAGUUGUUAGAGUUCGACGAGGAUGACGACCUCGCAGCCGUGGACGAAUUGAGCGACGGGGAACCCCCUUCGAAAAAGCAGAAGACGAAGGGCUCUGGUGCAGAAGAUUCGACCGCCGCGGAUGAUGUUACUUUGGCCAUGAUCAAGAAGUGGAAGGCUUCAUUGGCCGAACGACAUUCCAUUCGGGCACUGCGACAACUGGUGCUGGCAUUCCGUGCUGCCGCUCACGCUGACGAGGAGGAAGAGGACAAGUCUUACAAAUACAACAUCACCAGUCCUGAGGUUUAUCACGAAGUUCUUGUGACAGCCCUGAAGCAAGCUCCAGAGACGCUGGCGCACCAUUUGCCCGUCAAGGAGACUGCUGGGGGUAAGGUGCGCGUGCCGACGGACUCGCCCAAGUUCAAGACGCUGGCGCCCUUGAUCAAAUCGCAUGCUUCUUCCCUGCAUCAUCUACUGGGUCAUUUGUCCGACACCAAGACUCUGAGAUUGACCCUCCAGUCCUUUGAGCCGUUGCUGCCAUAUCUGCUACAAUUCCGCAAAUUUCUCAAGGUCAUCACCAAGGCGGUCGCUUCCAUAUGGUCCGACAACUCUUCAGACGAGGCAACUAGAAUCACCGCCUUUCUCAUCAUUCGCCGGCUCAUGGUGAUUGGAGAUGCUGGGAUUCGGGAAGUUGUCUUGAAGUCUACCUAUGAAGGGGUGGUCAAAGGAAGUCGCAAUACAACCAUUCAUACCCUGGCCGGCAUCAACCUCAUGAAGAACUCGGCUGCCGAAAUCUGGGGCUUGGACCAAAAGGUUGGCUAUACCACGGGCUUCACCUUCAUCCGUCAACUUGCCAUCCAUCUCCGGACCAACAUUACCAAGCCCACCAAAGAGUCCUACAAGACCAUAUACAAUUGGCAAUUCGUCCAUUCUCUUGACUUCUGGUCGCGAGUCCUGUCCAUGCACUGCAACUCUCUACUUGAAGCACAGAACGGCAAGCCGUCGCAACUACGUCCUUUGAUUUAUCCCGUUGUUCAAGUAACUCUUGGGGUGAUGAGGCUUAUCCCAACGUCAACAUACUUCCCUCUUCGGUUCCAGCUUAUGCGAUCUCUGCUUCGAAUCUCGCAGGCCACUGAAACAUACAUUCCGCUAUCAGCAGCUCUGUUGGAGGUGCUUAACUCGGCAGAGAUGAAAAAGUCCGCCAAGGCAGCGACGAUUCGGCCACUGGAUUUUGAAUCCAACAUCAGGGCCCCGGCUUCGUACCUCAAGACGAAAGUCUACCAGGAAGGUGUCGGUGAACAGGUGGCUGAAUUGUUCUCCGAAUUCUUUGUGCUUUGGGCCAAGAGCAUUGCAUACCCGGAGCUUCAGCUUCCCACCAUCGUCAUGUUGAAAAGAUGGUUGAAAACGGCGUCAAAGCCCACUGGAAACAAAAACGCCAAGCUAAAUCAAGCCCUUUUACUACUUGUGCAAAAGUCCGAGGCCAAUGCCAAGUGGAUCGAGGAGAGGAGAAACAAAAUCAACUUUUCUCCCAAGGAUCGUGCAGAGGUCGAAGGGUUCCUCAAAGAUGUCCAGUGGCAAGACACUCCUCUGGGAGCCUUUGUUGUUGGUCAGAGGAAACAGAGGGAAGAGAGAAGGAAGGUGCUUGAACAGGGUCGAAAGGAGCAGGAGCGCAGGGACAAAGUCACGAAAGAAGAUCGUGAUAUUGAGACUGUGUAAGGGUCAGAGGCGGCUGCAAAAAGGACUACUGUGCCUUUCUCGGCCUUGUUGAGGAAUAGCCAUCUAAGCAGUAUGUAUCGGGUGGUUCGCCCUAUUUUGUAACCAAGUCCGGGAGGCAGUGCCUCAGUGCAAAGGGUACCUAACAGCCCUGUGAUAAUGCAAGCAUAUCUCUACACCAGCGGUGAGCAAAGCCAUAGGCGUAUGAGGCUCUCUAAAUUGUCACGAGACUCGAGAACAGGCUGUUGUGAUACCUUCUGACGGACCCCUCUGAAACAUGACCAGGGCUGCCGACACGUGUCGUUGUAGCACUAUAUAUAUGGCAACCAAAGGCCAGUACAGUUUGUC